CAAAUCUCUAGGGCUUUGGCCGACCCUGCUUCGGAAUUUUUUUUUUCUGUUCGUUUUCUCGUCCCCUUUUUCAUUUUCCCGGAAAAUUGGCAGUCGAUGAUAAGUUUUUUGGGCUGAAACGAAGAAAAUUCCACCAAACAGAGCAUGGGUUUCUGUGAAGAGGAUAACGUAGAGGCAUGUCGGAUUCAGACACUUACGUCACUCUGAAGACAAAUUGGGAGUCAGGAUUCUCUCUCCAACUCCUGCUUUGAUUGUAUCCUGUAUACACCUGUGUGUGUGUAUAUAUACAUGUACACACACGACGUCGAAUAUGUCUACGGCUUCUUGGAUUCGGCCUCCUUGUAGAUUCUUGUCGGAAUCCGGCGGUGUUGCUAAUCUCUGCGGCGGCGGAGCACGGCGGUUUCCCAUCGGUUCCUCUUCGGCGGCGGCGUCUUACUCCUCUCCUUCGUCGUCCUCGUGUUCUUGCUGCUCUUCGCAGAAUUUGAAUUUCGCUUUCGGAUCGAGCAGAAGCCGGAAGUAUCGAGGGCUUAGGGCACAAGCAAUGAGCGCCACCACCGCCGAACGGAGUUAUUCGGUGUCGAAGGGCGACACGGACGAGAAAAACGAGCCCGAGCAUCUUCUUGUUCUUGUACACGGUAUCUUGGCGAGCCCCAGCGACUGGAUCUAUGUGGAAGCGGAGUUGAAAAGACGCCUCGGAAGAAAGUUCUUGAUUUACGCAAGUUCUUCCAAUACCUUCACUAAAACAUUUGGCGGGAUUGAUGGAGCCGGGAAACGACUAGCCGAAGAGGUUAUGCAAGUGGUACAGAAGAGCAAGGGCUUAAAAAAGGUUUCUUUUUUGGCUCACUCCCUCGGCGGUCUAUUUGCCAGAUACGCAGUUGCUGUCCUUCAUUCUCCCGCGAUUCCGCAACCUGGCGAUGAUUGUUCAUCCGAUUCCGGAAAUUCACAACCUCUCCGAGGUAGGAUUGCCGGGCUAGAACCGAUCAAUUUCAUCACUUUGGCCACACCUCAUCUGGGUGUUAGAGGCAGAAAACAGCUGCCAUUCCUCUUUGGAGUUCCUAUUCUGGAAAAACUAGCUGCACCUAUAGCUCCUGUCUUUGUCGGUAGAACUGGCAGCCAGUUGUUUCUCACCGAUGGUAAACCCGAUAAACCACCUCUUCUCUUGAGAAUGGCAUCUGAUGGCGAAGAUCUGAAAUUCGUAUACGCUCUUGGCUCGUUUAGAUGUCGUAUCGUUUAUGCAAACGUAUCUUACGAUCACAUGGUUGGCUGGCGAACAUCCUCCAUAAGAAGAGAGAAUGAACUUUUCAAACCUCCACGUCGGUCAUUGGAUGGAUACAAGCAUGUUGUGGAUGUAGAAUACUGCCAGCCCGUUUCGUCGGGCGGCGCUCAUUUCCCUCCCGAAGCUGCCAAAGCUAAGGAGGCGGCACAAAGCUCGCCAAGCCCCGAGAACACCCUCGAGUAUCACGAGAUCGUGGAAGAGGAGAUGAUCCGUGGAUUGCAGACUCUAGGAUGGAAGAAAGUUGAUGUCAGCUUCCAUUCCGCCUUCUGGCCUUACUUUGCGCAUAACAACAUCCAUGUGAAAAGCGAGUGGCUUCACAACGCAGGCGCUGGAGUUGUGGCCCAUGUUGCAGACAGCAUAAAACAGCAGGAGACUUCCUCCUUCAUCGCCGCCAGCUUGUAGUGUUCUGCCGGAAACAUGUGUCAUCAUCGAAUUCAGACAUCCAUGGACUUCAUUAACAGUUACUGAGCCGGAAGAGAGAGAGAGAGAGAGAGAGAGAGAGAGAGAGAGAGAGAGAGGAGCCUUUGAAUUCAUUGUACAUUAUCAUUACGGUGUUUCUGUACUUUGGAUUAUAUGACAGAGAAAGUGUGUGCUAUAUACAGAUUGUCUGUUUCUUGGAAAACACGAAAUGUCCACCAACGCCGUAUUCAGGCUCUCUCUC